AUGGUUUUCAAGAAAACUUUGGUUAUUUUCUUCUUGACUACGGCUCUUUGUGGAGUCUCCAUGGCUGCUCGUCUUUACCAGGUUGGUGGUUCUGCUGGUUGGACAAGCAUGGGGGACGUUGAUUACCAAGAUUGGGCAGCCAACAAGAAGUUUCAUGUCGGUGAUACUCUUGUUUUCCACCACAACUAUCGAUUCCACGAUGUGAAGCAAGUGACUCGCCAAGAUUUCAAGUCAUGCAAUGUAGCAUCUCCAAUAGCUAGUUACUACAAUCACCACGGCUAUGAUUCACUGACUCUUAAUAGACUUGGCCACUUCUACUUCAUAUCUGCUUUCCCUGAUCACUGCCAAGCUGGACAAAAGAUUGAUAUCUUGGUCACACCAGAAACUUCAAGUCCGACUCCUCCGCCUUUGAGCUCACCUAUCAGUGCUGCAUCAGCAACGUCCAGUGCUCCAUCUCUUCAUCUAUCUUGGACUCUGAGCGUGCUUGCGUUCUGUCUCUUAGGAUUUGCUUGUUAG